CCAUCAUUUCGUUCCCAAUUCCCUUUCUUUAUUCUGGUCGUCCAUCAUACACACAUCAUCAUCACCAGCACCACCUCCAGCUGCCGCUGCAACACGCCACCAUGCCAUCAGUUUCCGGCAAAUUCGUCUGCGUCACCGGUGCCGGAGGCUUCAUCGCUUCAUGGCUCGUUAAACUCCUCCUCGAAAAGGGCUACACCGUUAGAGGCACUGUCCGAAAUCCAGAUGAUCCCAAGAAUUUCCAUUUGAGAGAACUUGAAGGAGCAAAUGAAAGAUUGAUUCUAUGCAAAGCUGAUCUCAAUGAUUACCAGAGUUUGGUAGAAGCCAUCAACGGCUGUGAUGGAGUUUUCCACACAGCGUCACCUGUCACAGAUGAUCCUGAACAAAUGGUGGUGCCGGCUGUGAAUGGCGCCAAAAAUGUGAUAACUGCAGCGGCGAAUGCCAAGGUCCGGCGAGUUGUUUUGACUUCAUCAAUUGGUGCUAUUUACAUGGAUCCUAAUAGAGACCCUGAAAAAGUUGUGGAUGAGACAUGUUGGAGUGAUCUUGAAUUUUGCAAGAAUACUAAGAAUUGGUAUUGCUAUGGGAAAGUUGUGUCUGAACAAGCAGCAUGUGAUUUGGCCAAGGAAUUGGGUUUGGAUUUGGUAGUGAUCAACCCAGUUUUGGUGCUCGGACCACUGCUUCAACCCUCUUUGAAUGCCAGUGUUCUUCACAUAAUGAAGUAUCUGACUGGAUCAGCAAAAACUUAUGCCAACUCUAUACAAGCCUAUGUGCAUGUUAAGGAUGUGGCAUUGGCUCAUAUUUUGCUCUUCGAGACCCCGUCAGCUUCUGGUCGUUAUCUCUGUGCCGAGAGUGUUCUUCAUCGUGGUGAGGUGGUCGAGAUUCUGACGAAGUUUUUUCCAGAGUAUCCGAUCCCUACCAAGUGCUCAGAUGAAAUAAACCCAAGAAAAAAGCCUUACAAAUUCUCAAACCAAAGGCUUAAGGAUUUGGGCCUGGACUUCAAACCAGUUAAGCAGGCUUUAUAUGACACUGUUAAAAGCCUGCAAGAAAAAGGCCAUCUUCAAGUCUCGCCCAAAAAUGAUGGGCCCAUUACCAUUCAGUCUUAGACUUUUGGGCCUUAGCCCAGCCCAUCAUUAUGAACCCCCAAGUUAAUGAGGGACCACUAGUGUGUUAAUAUUAAUGUUUUCUUUUUCUUUUUAAUAUUGAGGAAACUUACAUCAGUGACAUUUAAAAAUAAA